UUCAUAUUCAUUUUCAUUAUGAAUAAAAUUAUUUUAAUCCACACUAUUAUUUUCACCUUGCACGCAAUAAUUGUCGCCGAAACAAACAAAAUUCGCGUUAUAAAUCGCGGCUUUGUUUCUCCAAAAAUUCUGUACCCCGCUUCAAAAAUUCUGCGCAGAUCUAUAGACUCAAAAAUUAAUAACGUUUAUGUAUCGGUGGGCAAUUGGACGCUGAAAACGCGAGUCAGCAGUCGACUGACAUCCCCGAAAAUAAAUUGGAUAUCUUCCGACCCGCGUUUUGCGACUUCGGGAAUGAAAAAUGUUAAAUCUGCAGAAAAUUGCACAGUUUUGAACGGUCAUGUCCAAAAAACUAAUUUUCAGAGCAUAGUUACAAUUUGCGACGACAAUUUUUACAUUGUUGUCUUUUUAAAUUCAAAAACAUUGACGCUCUACCCUACGACCAACGGCAGUCACAUUCUUCAAGAAAUUAGAGCGCCAAAAAUCAAAAGACACUCUAGAAAUUUCAACGAUUUGACGGAAGACACUUUUGAUCUUUACCGUGACAUAGGACCAACAAACGUCCAAAAGAAGCCAAGUGAGGAAGGGGAAGACAAGUUUAGUUUAAACUUCACCAACUCACUUCUGAUGUACAAGUAUCUCGAACGACCUGCAUCCGGUGAUACAAAGACGUCACCUUCACAAUGGCUCGAGCUCGGAGUCGCUGUUGAUUACUCGGUGAUAGAAUUCCACGGCGAGCAAGUACAACAAUAUAUUUUCGCUCUACUAAACAUCGUCAGUGCAAUUUACAGUCAUCCUUCCCUUGAAGCAAAUCUCAGGCUUGUAAUCGUAAGAAUUAUUUUUUAUGCGGAUAAAAAGGAUUCUAUGAUCCAUCUCGGCAAUGCCCGCAAGUCACUAGAAAACGUGAACAAGUGGAAUCGAAAGCUGCUUUCAUCAGUUUCAAAACCCCACGACGUAGCAGUCUGGCUAACAAGACUGGACAUCGGUGGUCCGUCUGGGUACGCUCCAGUGUCAGGCGUGUGUGAUCCAGCUAGAUCAUGUGCGCUGAACCGUGACGAAGGUCUGACAAGUGCCUUUAUCAUCGCCCACGAGCUCGCUCACAUUUUAGGACUGACUCACGACGGAGAUAAAGCCGCGGAUAAUUCUUGCGCCGACGAAGUAACCGGGAGUGUGAUGGCUCCUGUCGUCGCGGCGACUUUCCAUCGGUUCCACUGGUCAGUCUGCUCCCGGACCGAGUUUCACCAUCGAUCCAGAGACUGGACGUGCUUGAACAAUCACCCGGAGCUGAAUAAUGCAACAUAUUUAAAAGCCUCGCCGGAGACAUUUACAAUGGACGAGCAGUGUCGCAUGGAAUUCGGGGACGGGUACGAGCUUUGCAAGCGCCUUGAUUUAACGGGUCUCUGCGCCCACCUGUGGUGUGCUCAUAAGGACCACAAUAAACUAUGCAAAACAAAGAAAGGACCUCCUCUAAAUGGGACGCCCUGCGGGAAAAAUAAACGGUGUGUUGAUGGCAACUGCCAGUCAAUCGACCAAAGUAACUUCCAGCUGGCCUUGCUAAAGAAAAACAUUUCAAUAAACGGCGGCUGGAGUCUCUGGUCACAAGGAAAGUGUUCAACGACCUGCGGUGUUGGUGUUAUUGUUCGAUAUCGCUAUUGCAACAAUCCUAUACCUUUUGGCGGAAAAGACUGCGAGGGACCAAGCAAAGAACUAAUAAUUUGCAACCAAGAAGAUUGCCCGUUAAAAAACGACCCGCGAAGAGAACAAUGCACUCGUCUAACCUCGGAAGCAGUAGGUAUUAGAACUGGUGACAGUAAAUUACGGGCAAGCUGGGUGGCCCAUUACAUUGCGGAUGAUAAACUGAACUGUCGGGUGAUAUGCAGAAACUCGGGGACCGGGAGCGUUUACAUCAGCAGUGAGUUUGUCUCAGAUGGAACGCCUUGCUCCUACGAGUCGACAGACAUUUGCAUUAAAGGGAGCUGCUAUUCAAUGGGCUGCGAUCGGGUGUUGUACUCUGGAAAACGGCUCGACGCUUGUGGAAACUGCGAGGGAGAUAAUUCAACUUGUACUUCUAUCAGCAGCAACUUCCAGCGGAAAAUUCGCCGAGCUACUACCAGGCUUGCGAUUGUCCCAGCAGACUCCUACGAUAUCUCUAUUGAGGUAAAAUUGAUUUGUACCCGUAAUCAAACUAUUAAACUGAUGUUCCGAGAUGGAAAGCGCAAAAAACACGCAGUUGAUUUUUUUUUUGAUGACGGAACCACCGAGGCGAUGAUUAUCGUCGAGGGAACCGGCUUUAGGAUUAAGAAAAUCAGGGAUUUAUUUAAAAUCAACGGGCGAGGUCCUACUUUGGCUCCUGUUACUGUAUCGAUUAAGGUUCCGGAGUACCGAAGAAGCGGCGCGGUUUUGAUUGAUUUCCGAUACGUAAUUGAGAGGAGAGAAGAACGGAGUAAUUAUUCGUGGUUCUCCGGAGGAUGGAGUCCGUGUUCUGCGAGCUGUGGGGGAGGAGUUCGAUACAGGACUGUGGCCUGCAAGAACGAGAAAACCGGGAGCGUAGUUAGCAAAAAAAAGUGCCUGUUGAUAAUGAAGCCAGUGCAGCAGAUGGAGAAGUGUAACACGUUUAGUUGCCAGUUUAAGUGGAUCACCGGGCCGUGGGAGGGCUGCUCAAAGAGCUGCGGAUCGACAGGUGUCCAGCGGAGGGAACUUUAUUGUGUUCACUCAUCGUUUCCCGAUAAUAAUGUUACCAAUAUAAAUAAACAGCUGGUGUAUCGAGCAAUGCUAUCUCACGGUAUUUGCAAAGCGUAUCAAGCGCCGGUAAAUAAACAAAACUGCAAUCGGUUUCCUUGCCGAGUACGAGGGUACUGGCUCUACAAGGGAUGGUCCCAGUUUAUAAGCAGGAUAAUGCUCAGAGUAAAUAGUAUUACAAUAAACAAUCCGCUGUUGUGCCUACAAGCUUGCGGUCAUAGCUCGCAGUCACGAGUGCCUCGGUGUCUACCACAAGACAAAGAUUCGUUUGAUUGCCGUCAUAAUACUCAACCGAAUGAAUUACAGGCUUGCAAAGAUAAACUCGACAGUAAUAAUAAUAUUACUGUAAAAAAAUAUGUAGGAGAGAUGAAAGAAGCUACUGCGUUUAGGGAAAAAUUUUUUUCCUCAAAAUUGUCAUGUGUGUUCAUAAUACGCUUUUAUGCUUUUAAUUUUGUCGUUAUGGAAAUUUGGAAAGUAGAGAGCGCGGGUCUUUAG